GGGCCUUCAUGCUCCCGCGCCGCCGCCGUCACAGCUAGCACCCGGCUCGCCUCCCCCUGCGCGCCGCCACCCACCAGCCAUGGCGUUCGCCGCGCGGAGGAGCGUCGCCACCCGCCUCUCCCACCACCUCACCCGCCGCUUCGACCCCUGCGUCGCCCACGCCCUCACUUCCCACUCCCACGACGACCCCCCAAGCUCGGGGCUCGCGCCGCUCCCGCCACUCCGCACCGCGCUCCCGCGCACUUCUGGAGUGACCCAUGCCCUAAGCUUCCUCCCCUUCUCCCUAUACCUCCCGGGGCCGACCCGGCGCAGCUUCUCCUCCUCCGCCCCCGACCCCGCGCCACCCGCCGAGGUUGAUGCAGCGACCGUCCUUGCUGACGCCGCGGAUGCAGCGGCGGCGUCAGUGCCGGCGCCGUUCCCGGGGGAGGUGGCCGCUGCGGCCGCCGACUCGUUCCUCCCCGUCGCCGCCCUGCAGCACUUUAUCGACGCCGUCCAUACCUUUACCGGCCUGAACUGGUGGGCAUGUAUUGCGCUGACGACGGUGGUGAUCCGGAGUGCGACGAUCCCGCUGCUUGUGAACCAGUUGAAGGCCACGACGAAGCUAAAUGCAAUAAAGCCAGAAAUGGAAGCCAUUAAGGAUCAAAUGAAUUCUAUGGAUCCAAAAUCAGCGCAAGAAGGGAAAGAUAAAAUGACUGCACUAUUCAGAAAUCAUGGUGUUAGUCCAUUUACUCCACUGAAAGGUCUCCUUAUCCAAGGGCCAAUAUUCAUGAGCUUUUUCUUUGCCGUAUCAAACAUGGUUGAGAAAGUCCCUUCAUUGAAAGGAGGUGGAACAUUGUGGUUUACUGAUCUGACAACUCCGGAUUCUCUUUACAUCUUUCCUGUGUUAACAGCACUGACCUUCUUGGCUACAGUGGAGCUUAACUUGCAAGAAGGAAUGGAGGGAAAUCCUAUGGCUGGUAAGAUGAAGAACUUUUCUAGAGGAAUGGCUGUUAUGACAGUCCCAUUUACAAUGAAUUUUGCCAAGGCAAUUUUCUGCUACUGGCUCACGUCAAACAUGUUCUCCCUAGUGUAUGGUAUUGUUAUCCGGCGACCGGCUAUCAGGAAGCUUUUUAAUCUUCCUGCAUUGGUAGCUCGGCCUUCACCUGCAAAUAAGUUAAGCUUCAAUUUGUUUGGUGGAUCCAAGGCAAUACCUGCAGUAGAGUCACCUGUAGCAAUCAUGGGAACCCAGCAAUCUACUUUGGGGCAACCUGAUGCUGCUGCUCUUGGCUAUCGGGUCAAAAAUCUCGAAAAGAAAGUCAAAUCCAGAGGCAAAUCCCGGAAACGCAGGUGAAUUGUGGUUACUCGUGCGCCUUGAUGAGCAAACUGCCCUUUGGCUUUUGGGUCGGUGGAGAUUUGAUUUGUAUUGUAUUUUCGGGUAGAAUAGGCCAGAAUAAUUUUGAUUUGUGGAAUAGUUUAUACACAAAUGUAACUUCAGUAUAUUACGAUAGUUAGCAUUCUUCGUCUCCCAAGGGUUGAGAUGACAGCAAACUGUUGAAGUUCAGGGACCAACUCAAUCUUGUAUUGCCAUUGUGAUGUUUGAUGUUGCAGAGGCCUCAAUAAGAGAUACUAAUAAUACAUUGCACAA